UUCGUAAUUUUGGGAAAACGGCCUGAACUUGCUUUAAGGACACCCGAUUGUUAUAUACAACUUGCAAAUAGAUGUAUGAAUGGUAAACCAUCAGAAUGGCCAGCCGCUAAAGAGGUUUAUGACACAUUCUAUGAAUGGAAAAUAGCUCUUAGCAAAAAUCCAAAAGAAUUGAAUGAAAAUCAACUUGAAAUAAGAAAUAAAUUUCUAGAAGCAGAUAAAGAACAAUCUAAAAUGAGCAAUAGUGAUUUUACAUCAUUGGCUUCUUCGCGACAAUAUCAAUAUGAUGACAUUUCUAGCAUUAUGGCGAUGUGUAAUCAUAUUGGGACUUCUCAUAAAGACUUGACUGAACAAUUAACUAUACUGUAG